GACCAUUGUUUGGAAAAUGGCUGCAAUUGCUCUGGCCCAGUAUGGAAGCGGUGCCGUUAUUACUGCUUUGCUGCAUCCUUUUGGAUAUGCUAAAGUGUUGAUGCAGGUAAAUGGCACAAGCGACAUUAUUGCAGAAAGCUAACGAUAUUUUGACCAAAAUUCAGAUGUAUAAGCACAAGAAUCACUUAUUAAAACUGUAGAAGUAGCGUGCUCUCCAACUUUACUUUAAGUGUAACUAACUAGUGUAAGUAAUAAAUAAGAAAUCAAGUACACGACGUGUGAUGACACUGACUGUGUCUCAGUCAGUGUGUAGUAAUUAUGGCUUUGUAGGGUGACUAGUUAAUACUAAGUUAUUAUUGAAAACCAAAAAGGAACGCCAUAUCAUAUUUUUUAAUGUGUGGUCAAUUUCCAAUAGAUAUGUGAAUUACAAAUUUACACAACAGUACACAAGAUUAUUUAUUAAGAAUAAAUAAGAAUCAACACACACUCCACACUUGAUUUAUACUUACACUAUCUAUACCAUGGUGAGAUAAUAUUUUAGUAGUAAGAGUAAGUCAAUAUUAAAUACACUUACUUUACUAGUGAAUUUGGUUUAAUGUUGGUUUGAUGCAUCACACUUUACUAGUGAAUUUGGUUUAAUGUUGGUUUGAUGCAUCACUCAUUUCCAACGGCCACCAUCUUGCUUGACCUUGUGGGUCAUGGCAACCAAUUUGGCAACCAUGUCGGACCAUGUUAAAAAAAAAGUAAUGCAAACACACAUUCUGCUAAUAUGGGGCAUAGGAUAGGGAGGGGAAAGAGAGAGAGUGUGCUGUUUUAGUUUAGCUACUUACAGAUAUAAACAAAAAUAGAAACAAAACGUUAUAAUUUAAUACAAUUAUAAUUUCAGCUGGUGCAUUAAUUUCAUGGCGAACAUAUUGUGUAUUCCUCUAGAUUUGUCAACAACCUGCAGUCACCCCUUUCCUUGCGUAAUUUCAACUGUUGUCAGAAAUCAAUACAAUAACCAUUUUCCAAAAUGCAAGAAAAUUUAAAUAUUAUAACUAACCACCCAGUAAAAUUAUAAUUAUAAUUUAAAAUAUACUAUCAGUGAAUUAAUAUAAAAUUUUAAAAAAGAAAAGUUAACUCUAGUAAUUAUCCAAGAAUAAAUGAAAGGGAGAUAAUCCUAAACAGAAACUCAAAAUUGUGCACCGAACCAACAUUAGCAGUGUAUUUUAAUAGGCUACAUAUUUUCAUUUAUUCUUAUUUUUUAAAUUUUUUCUUAAAGGAUCACCUUAUUUCAUAAGUUAUGCGUAUAGUAUAUGGAUUUUAAUAUUUAAAUACUAUCUUUCUAUAAUUAAAAAAAAAACCAUUUAACAAAUUGUAUUGACCCAUAUGACAAGCCUCACAAGCUGAUUGCUAUUUUCUAAUUGUGGUGGUUGAUAUUUUUUACUCACUGUUAACCUCCUCCCCAUGAUGAUGGAUGGCUACCUCACUUGGCUUAUGGGUCUUGACUUUUCACACACAGCAGGGGACUGAUUAGGACAAUUACAAACCCACCGUUUUUUGUUUGAACAGCAGCCUAAGUUACCAUUGCUAUUACUUCACAGGGAUGUCACUUUAAGUACUAUGAGUACUUUGGUUUAUCAUAUUUCACUAACAUGCAAUGUUUUAUCUGAUUAGUUAAGAAAGACCUUAAAAGUGUAAUUAAUUUAAAAUAAUAAAUAAGACAUAUUUAUGCGUUAAAAGGCAUCAUCAUUUUUGUACCAUGUUAUCUAUCUUUAAAAAUAAAAACGUUUCAGGUGUUUUGGUUUAGUUUUAAAAAAAAAUUGUUUCCCUUUCUUUGAAAUGGAAGCAUGCUAAUGACUAGUUUAAAUGAAGCAAGAUGUAUUUUCUAAAAUAUGUGUUGUAUGAUUAUGUACUAUUGAAUUAUAAUCAAGACAAAGCAAAAACUUCAUAUGCAGAUUAAUAUUACCAAAAAAAAAAAAUAAAAGAAGUAGUACGUAAAAAGGAAAGAAGAAAUAUUUAAAUUUUAAGAAACAAUGAGCUUAGCUCUCCAUGACUGUACUUAAUGAAACAGUCUAUGUAAAUUAUUUUUCUAUUUAAUAUUAAAAUAUUUGCGAAUUAAGUUUUUUUAUUUUUAUCUUUUAAAAGGUUGGUCAUGAACCUCUGCCACCUGAAAGCACCAGAACAUUCCUCUUCCGUAAAGAGGUCUAUGUUUAUCCAAACAUUUUCAAAUACAGUGAGUACAUUUUUUAAAAACAAUGUAAAUAUAAGAGACCAGUUAUAUGAUAUCAUUUUAAAAUUGAUUUAUUUACUGAAUUAUUAAGUUUUGCUAUUGAAGAUAAAUAAAUAAUAGCUGGCCAUAGGAAGUUUUUUUUCACUUAACAUGGUGAUGUACAUGCUACUACUUUAUCUUAUGUCUUAGUUGGCCACAUAAAGAAGGUUGAUGGUUUUACUGGAUUAUACAGAGGUGUCUUCCCCCGGGUUCUUGCUGGUACCAUUGGCAACCUAGUACAGUACAACAUUCAAGAUGUGAGUACCAUAGUCAUAGUAUUUUAGAAAAAAAUAGUUUUUGUUACUGUAUAAUUUCACUAAAGGAAAAGAAAUUCUACAAUUAAGUUAAUAAAAAAAUUGUGCAUAAGGAGGAUAAUUCCUAUUAGAUUAUUGGUCCACCCUUUUGAUUGCCUUAUAACAAACAAAUAAAUAAAGGUCCUCUUCCUCCACUUUGAUUACUGUUGUACUUUUCUAAAAAUCUAAUAUGUUAUAUUUCAUGGAGUUUUAAUUUUCUCACUUGGAACUGAAUAGUAAACAUUGGUAUAGACUUAGGCAGUGGUUUAGUCAUGCCAUUGAGUGUCAGGACACUACCUAGGUUCUUUUUUAAUGCAACAAUGGCAUGUUUCUACCUUUCAAAACCAAAUAAAAUAUUGAACUUUAAAAACAAAUAUAGCUGAUCUUAAAUUUUAGUUGUUUGAUAAUUUUUUCCUUAAAUUUCAUCUUCCUGUAGGGUCAUCUCUUAGUCAGUAUAAUACAUUAGAUGUGUAAUAUUUUAAAAAAGAGAACAAAUAUAAUUUAAACAACUACAACACCACAUGCAGUGUCUUAAUGUAUGUGUUACAGACAAAACUAACAUCAUUUUAUGCCAUUGUGAUGCAGUUUGCAAAGGGCCUUGACAAGACCUUGUAAAAAAGUUAUAUGCAUAAUAUAUUGUUACUUCUUGCAUGAACAAAGUUGAAAGUGAUAAAAAAUAAAAAACCCAGUUCCAUUGAAUUCUGCAUGAUAAAAAAAAUUUGAAGUGCAGAAUGUACCCAAAUAAAAAGGAUACAAAUUCACUUUAUGGUUCACCCUUUGAUGAUUAAUUAGUUCUAGCUCAAACCUCUACUAUUCCAAAUAAAUCAUUCAGCAUGAAUAAGUAACUCUACAGAAAAACAUGAUCAUCUAUUUCAAAUCAUAAUACUUCUACCAAUGAGCGGUUUUUCCCAACUCUCCAUCCCAAAAUAGUUGUUAGCCCUGAAAUUAAAGCAAUUUAGAGAUUAAUCAUUUUUUAAAUUUGUUUAUUUGUUUCUGUUGCUGAGUAUAGUUUUUUUAAAGCCUAAAAAGACAGUGUUUCAUGCUCAAAUUUAGUGUGUUAUGCCACAGCAGACUUCAUCAAACAAUUUUGAGAUCCCUGAUACAAAUUACAAAUAUUCCCUAUGUGUAUAUAUUCUCAAGUAUCAAAUUAUUAUGUUUAAAUUUCUUCCUUUACACUAGUGAAAUCAAAUAUUCUAUUACAAUUUUUUGAAGCUUCUGAAAAGUAAUGAAAAGCAGAAGAAAAAUGAUGAAUCUGAAGCUUCAAGUCGACUGCAGGAGGAGGAUUUUGUGCCUUGGCUAAAACAAUUUGCCAAAGAAGUAUGCUAUUUGAAACCAAUUUACCAAUGUUUUUAUUUUAAUUAGAUUUCUUAUAUUUAUAAUUUAUUUUACUACUGAUGAUUAUAAAUAAAUUUCUGCUAUAUUAACAAAAAAUAUACUCAGUGUUAUCUAUUCAGUGUGAAAAUGUGUAUCAGGGUCUAUUGGAACCAUUGUCUAUAUAUAUUGUUUUAUUUUAUUUUUACCAAAAUUUAUAAACAUUUGCAUAUUUUGUAGUUGCUAUAAAUAUAAUUCGAAUUGUAGGUAAACAGUAAUUAUUUCUUUUCCUUUUUGUAAGACAUCUUACCCUUUUUUCAUGAUGUGAAUGGAAUAGUUCAAAUUAAUAUAGAACGUGGAAAGUAUAAUGCCAUCAAUUUUUAAGCUCAAACACUUAAUCACUUCUCAAUGCAGAGGUCAAGAAAUGUGUUACCACAAUUGUAAAUUGACAAAAGAUAACAAAAUUAUUAUUUUUACAGACUUCUGAAGAUACUCUAUGCAGAUGUUGUGGUGUCAUUGUCAGCCAUCCUUUCCAUGGUGAGUUUUAUCAUUCAAACAUGUACCAAUUAAUGUGUACAUGAUGUAUUUGACUGUCUUUGACUCUUGAGUUAAGUCUUUGUCAUGGCUACUUGCAAACACAUUAACAUCUCUUUGAAAAAGAGUCAGAAUUUGAAUUGAUGGGUAAGAUCAUAUGCGAUCGGAAUUAAAACCAAUUGAAGUUACUAAUCAGUACCUGCUGUGAUAGAGCAAGUUUGUUUGUUACCACAUAAAAAGUACAUGCAAACAUGCCACCUGGUUUUUGAGACUUUCAAACCGCAAAGAAAAAAAUUGUGGGUGCUUUUUUCUUUCUAUAACUAUAAAUAUCAUCUAUCAUAUUAUUUCCAUAGUUAAACCAAGUGAAAUUUAAUUUAAAGUAACUUGUAGCUACACCAUGGACAGGAGUUUGAGAAUUUAUUUGAACAAUUUGUGACAAAGGAAACUAUAUUGUUUUGGGAUAGGCACCUUGGUUUGAAUUUCAAUAUUGUUUUCUUCCUAUCACACUUGUAAAAAAAUAUAAGUGUUCUGAUACCAUUUCAAUAACUUAACUUGUGAAUUAAUGACACAUGCAAUGUUUAUUACAGUGAUAAUGAUAAGAUCAAUGGUGCAGUUUAUAGGAAGAGAAACACAGUAUAAGUGAGUUUUGUUUGAUGUUUAAUUAGAAUGUGUUGAAUUAGAAUCAGCAACAGGUUUAUUAAGGCAUGAGAAUCACUGAGCUUAAUGUUAAGUCAUGGUGGGGUGUAUCAAAGCUCAACUCAAAGUAAUAACAUGAGAAUUUUGAGUGAGAUCAACAUUUCAAGUCAUGUUGGGGUGGACAUCGGGCAUAUAAGUUGGGUGUGAAAUAUAUCAGGGGUUGUGCAUUAAUGAGAUAGUUAGUUGAUUGUUCGUGUUAAGUUUUAAUAUAAGUAUUUCAUAUUUGUUUUGAAUUUGUUGAGAUAGGUCUGUCUGACUCAACCUAUGUUGAAUAUGUUCCAUGUAAUUGUAGUGUAGCACACAAUAAAUAUAUUGAUAGGACUAAUGAAAUGAAGAUAGUGUAAAUAGACAAUCUAUUAAAAAUAUAUUUUAACUUAAGAAUAUUGACUUGAUAUAUUCCAUCAUUAUCCUACAUUGUACCAGGCACACGUCUAGUAUGAGACAUUCAUGCAACUAAUCCAUGACAAUAUGGAAGGUGUCACGAGCUCCUUCACGCUACGUAACGCUUGGGUAUAAGUUCUACCCUUUCUGACACCACCUUGUUUAUACAAAACAAGGAAACACAACAUACAAUAACAAAGAAGUUUUCAAUUAACUUAAAAUAACUACUUUUGGUUUAUUAUCUACAAUGUAUAAAUGAAUGAAAUGAAACUCAAUGUGUACAGCACAACAUAUGAUAUAAUGUAAUGUAACUUAUAUUUAAAAAUACACUAAGACUUAUGUUUAAAAGUACACUAAGAAACUUAUAAAAGGUUAUCCUAUAAUCUCAAUAAUUCAAGCACAUCUGCUGACAACGCCUGCACGAUACAGGCACUUUAGUUUACGACUCUCAACACGCUACGUACUCUAUUGGUGGAGUCUCGUGGAACUGUCUUCCGUCUAGCGUCUGUAUGGAACCAUGCACGUUCGUCUCACUGCCAAGUGCUUGAGAUGGUUGGUCUGCUAGCAUCUACUGUCACGACAAUAUAAAGGGCAACUAUUCCUGAAAUAUAUGAAUAAAUCCCUACACUAUGUGAUCAAUCCUAACUUCCAACUAGAUACUCACCGUCGUCUUCUAAACUACUACCGUCUACCUAACGUAACUCUAUAUCACACAAACCACCCUACAGCUUCUUCAAUCACACACCUUACAUGCACUUACCUCUCUAGCAAACUGGCACAGGGUAAGUCCAAGUCCGAUACUUUCACCUCUCUCUAAUGUACUUCAAAGUGUGGUCAGUGGUGUCUACCAACACGUUGUUGAUACAUAUAUGCCCAACUGCUUUAUGUGGAUGGUAACUCGGACAGUCCUCUACUACUUCUACGGACGGAGCUCUCCUUGACUGUCCGCUACCCUGUUCCGCUGAGCUCUGCCCAGUCCUGUCCUACGGUCCCUAUUUAUAAUUCGUGAGCCCAUGGAUGUUCCCUCUCAUGUCUGUAAUCUGACUCCCAAAUCUUCCAGUACUUAAAUUUGUGAACAAUUGCAAUGGUCCUAAACCCCCAUAGCGCAAUAGCGCAGCGGUCCUUCCAGGGAAGUCUGAUAAGCUAGCCCCUGGUCAGAUGCUGGUAACCCUGCUGAUACGCAGGCCCUUUCUAGUCGGUCGGUACCCCCCAACCCCUGUGGCCUCCCAGGUCCGAGCCCUCCACUAUGUACGGUAUUUAAUUAUUCCCCUCUACCCUUGCCUCUCUCUCUAACUCGCUAUGGUUGACCUUGGCUUACUAGUCACUCUGUGACACACGGCCCCCGCUUAAGCUAAUUUUCCCCAAAAUUAGCACCCGAUGUUUGAAAUCUAUAUACUGCGUUUGAAUUCACGUUCCAGUGGUUACUCCUUUUAAACCUGUCACUUUCCAACUUCUUAACUUCCUUAAAGUUUUCCCUCAUCGCAACUGGUGACGAGUACCUCUUCCAUUUACUUGGCCUGUGGUCCGUUAACCGUGUGCCAUUGCUGCAAACAUUAGUCUAUACAGGUUCGUAACCAGAUACGUGCGCAUACUUCUUGACCACAUUAUCUCUGUCGUCACGCCUCACUGCGUCUAAGCCAUUACGUGUUCUCAUAUCUGUCCCCCGUCCUGUUUGUGAUAAUUGUAACUCCACUUUCCUUCUAGAAAAUGGCGCUGAACUCCUCACCUUUUUAAAAUUUUCUAUAACAGCAGUUGCCACUGUCUCUACUGGCUUUUCUCUUUUUAUGUAUGCCUUUAACAUGUUCACAUGGUACGUCCUUCUUUUCCCACGCACAUUAAUGACGUAAUCCACCCGUCCAACUCUCUCCUAAACAACGUAAGGACCUCUCCAAGUCAUCUGUAACUUGGACUUCUCAGUGGGUAAAAAAAUCAACACACUAUCUCCUGGUCGGAAAUAUCGCAUCUUAGCACCUUUGUCAUAGUGCUUCCUCUGAUUUUCUUGCUCCUCUCUCAAAUGCUCAUUUGCUAAUUCGAGAGCGUCCUGGAGCCUUUCUCUGAUAGUGAGAACAUAUUCAUAAGUGUUUCUCACCUCCGGAUUUGCCUCACCUGUCCACAGGUCCUUCAAAAUAGAUAGCGGUCCUCUCACAGGAUGCCCAAACAUCAACUCAAAUGGACUAAAUCCUGUACUCGCCUGAGGUGUCUCCCUGUAGGCGAACAACAAUGGUGCCAGAUAGGCAUCCCACUCCUCAGGAUGCUUAUGUGCCAUCCGUUUCAACAUGGCCUUGAGCGUUCCAUUGAAGCGCUCACACAACCCAUUGGCCAUUGCGUGAUAAGGAGUAGUGAACAGUUGUUUUGUCUUAAACAAUUCACUGACCUCCCGCAUGAGCUCACCUGUAAAUUGUGCCCCUCUAUCCGACACAAUCUCCCUCGGGACUCCCAAUCGUGAGAACAUCUCCAUCAAUGCCUCACUCACAGCUUCUGCUGUCACUUUAGGCAAUGCUUUUGCCUCAGGAAAUCUGGUGGCGUAAUCCACCAAGGUCAAAAUGUACUCAUUUCCCUUGUUGCUGCGCGUAAGUGGCCCAACAAUGUCAAUAGCCACCCUGUCAAAAGGAGUGUCUAUCAAUGGCAUAGGAACUAGCGGUGCUUUUUCACCCUCCCCUUACUUGAGGUUUUCUGGCACGCGUCACAUGACCUCACGAAUCUAGCGACGCCAGAACUCACACCUGGCCAAAAGAAUGAUGCAGAAACCCGAUCUGAGGUCCGCCCUAUUCCAAGGUGACCUGCGAAAACAUUUUCAUGGGCAAUCUUGAGUAUCUCUGCCCUAAACGGUGUGGGCACUAACAUUUGUUUGAUGUUAGGUUUUCCAUACUUGCCCCUCUUAUCAUUUUCCUUAAUCAGCCAGCUGUCGCUUUCCUCACGUUUGCCACUGGCCCUCUCAAACAGGCUGGUCAAAGACACAUCUUCUCCUUGUAACUUUAUCACCUCCCCUGCUGACAUUGUUGCGAUGUCCCGCGUAGCCCCGCCCUUCUCGUUCAUCACGGAGGCUAACCCCUGGGCUACCUGCCCCUUCUCAUCCCCCUUCUCAUCCCCCUUUUCCUCUUCAGCCCUUUGUUGAGUGGAGCGCGUCAUCACGGCCCCCACCCCCUCCUCCACGUGGUCCACCACACCCUCUAGGUUUCCUACCAUCAAAUCCACUAACGGAGUAUCUACCACCAGAGCUUCUAAUCGUCCCCUGUAAUACAGUGUGUCCACAUUAAAUUUUGCAGUGGGUGCUUCAAACUGCAUUCCAUUUGCCACAGUGUACUUCUUAAUGUCACCCGUAAAACAUUCCUUGGUCAUUAGUCUCCUAGCCACUUAAGCCAAACUACACCCUGAAUCUCGGAGGACCUUUACGCCUCCCACUCCACUAACUGUACCUGUUACUGUGUACCCUUCCAGACCAUUGAUGUCUGAGUUCACUGCGCCUACGGCUAAGGCCUUCCCACGCCCUCGCGGCCCAUCAUCAUCAGUGCGCAUCACUUUGGUGACCCCCUUGUCCACUUUGACGGCUGCUGCACCUAACCGCCUCUUGGGACAGAAUUUGUUAUGUGGUUGUGCGCCCCACACACAUAACAACCACGCUUUUCCUCUCUACGAGAGUUUCACUGACCACCGCUCUUUUCCUUUCUACAGUCCUUACUUACAUGCCCUGGGGCAUUGCAAGUAUUACAAAUAAUGUUCUUACCUUGGCCUCCAUUUGCUUGUGUCUUCUGUCUUGUGAGUACAUCGUGGUCUCUACCACCCUGAUGAGCCUGACUGUACAAGUCCACCAUCUCCACCAAGUCCUUCACUGACUUAGGGUUCCUCUCCUUCAGGAAGAUCCUAAGAUUUUCACUCACCACAUUAAGAAGCUGUUCUCUCACAAACAAAUCAGUCAUGCCACUUACCGUCUUCUCAGACUCUGAGAGUUCCAUCCACCUGUCUAAGUAUCUUUGUAUCCUAACAGCUAACUGGGUGUACGUUUCGUCUUUCUCUAACUUUGUUUCCCUAAACUUCUUCCUGUACCCCUCAGCUGUUAAUAAAUAUUUCUUGAAUAGCUCGCCCUUUAUUAUCUGAUAAUCAGUGCUUUGUUGUUCAUCUAGUCCAGUGUAUACUUCCAAAGCUCUACCUGUCAAUAGUGACCCUAGAAAGUUUCCCCAUUGUCCUUCCGGCCACUGAUUAGCUUUUGCUAAGCGCUUAAAUCUUUGGAGAUAACUGUCCAAGUCUUCCUUUGUGUCGUCAAAUGGAGGUAUGCGCGGUCCCUUCAAGACAGGUCAUCUCACUUCACUGAAUCCAUUGGCGUAGUCACCCUCUCAGUCCAAGCCUCUAUUGUUCGGACUUCGUUUAGACAAGUCCCCAUUGUCUGACAUCCCGUUACUCCUACUUGCCUCGAUUUCAAAUUGUAACUGUAAUUUACGUAUCUCAAAGUCUCGUUCCCUUUGUUUCUCUUCACAAUCCAAUUGUUUCUGUCGUUCGUCACGUUCGGCCUGCUUCUGUCGUUCUUCACGGUCAUGGUUGGCCUGCUUCUGUCAUUCUUCACGGUCAGCUUGCUUCUAUCUUUCUUCAUAUUCCAUCAUCAGUCUCUGUCUACCUUUCUCUUCUUCAUACAAUUAUCUAAACUCAGCUUCGCUUACACCUUUCUUUUUAGUAGCGCUGAGUGCUUCUAAGUAUUCCAUGUUACAAUAAAAUUAUCUGAAGAUAGAGGAAAAUCUACAGUAACAUCAAACAAUAACAAUAAUCCUAAUAUAACGUGGAUCUUGAACCGUGAGGCUCAAUAAGCAAUUAACUAGAUACAAAUAAGCACAAUACAAUUGCUAAUAUCCCACUUCUGACACCAAUUUGUCACGAGCUCCUUCACGCUACGUAACGCUUGGGUCUAAGUUCUACCCUUUCUGACACCACCUUGUUUGUAAUCUGACUCCCAAAUCUUCCAGUACUUAAAUUUGUGAACAAUUGCAAUGGUCCUAAACCCCUGUAGCGCAAUAGCGCAACGGUCCUUCCAGGGAAGUCUGAUAAGCUAGCCCCUGGUCAGAUGCUGGUAACCCUGCUGAUACGCAGGCCCUUUCUAGUCGGUCGGUACCCCCCAACCCCUGUGGCCUCCCAGGUCCGAGCCCUCCACUAUGUACAGUAUUUAAUUAUUCCCCCCUACCCUUGCCUCUCUCUCUAACUCGCUACGGUUGACCUUGGCUUACUAGUCACUCUGUGACAGAAGGCUGUUUUUUAAAACUUAAAUACUAAGGAUCAUUAAUCCAUAAUUCCUUAAAAGUUUUAAUGAUUAAAAAAUGAUAGCUCAUCCUCUCCUUUGUUAGCAAAUAUUAUUUUGUUUAGUAUAUCAUCAAACUUUUAAAAUUGUACAAUAUCAUCACAAAAUCGUUCAAUAUAUUAUCUUAAUAGUAAAAAAAAAAAUUUAAAAAUUGUAUAUAUAAUGUAUACACUGCAAAAUCGUACAUUUUACGCCAAUAUCGUAAGAGUAAACAGGUCUCUGGUACAUUAUAGAAGCAGAAAGAAUUUUAUAUAGAAUUUUACCCAAUGUAAAGUGGAGAUAGAGAAGGGGUUAUAAUAUGCCUCCUACACUAAUUUUUGGUAUUUUUAUCUAGAUUUGUAUUAUUUAAUGAAUUUCUUUAUAUUCAAUUUUAGUUCUAUAUGGUCAUCUACCAAAGAAAUUUAUCAGCAUGAUGGCGUAUUAGGAUUCUUUGCGUAAGUGAUCAAUUGUGAAUUAAAAAAUUAAGAUAAGUUUAUUUAUUUAAAGUAAAUAUUUUUAAAAGCAUGAUAAUAAAAGUGAAAUUAUUGUAUGAAAUAUUAUUUUACAUGUUUAAAAAAAAAAAAUCCUACCCAGGUAUUCUGAAAAAAUUAAUCAAAAUCAAGGGAAAAAAAAUUAAGGUUAAAAAUUAAGAUAAGUUUAUUUAUUUAAAGUAAAUAUUUUUAAAACCAUGAUAAUAAAAUUGGAAUUCUUGUAUGAAAUAUUAUUUUAUAUGUUUAAAAAAAAAAAAAUCCUGUGCAGGUAUUCUGAAAAAAUUACUCAGGGGAAAAAAUUUAAAGGUUAAAAAUUAUUUUUUACAAGUUUGUUUAACAUUUUGUGAAUAUUUUUUUUUCCUUCAUAAUAAAUGUUCAUAAAUGAUUUCUUUGGUUGAAUUAUGACUUAUAAACUAUGGCUUUAACUAUAGACUUUCAUCUGUGUAAUUUUGUUAAAAUUUUAUGUUAAUAUAAAUAAAAUAACUCCAUCCAUGAUAUUUCUCUUUUAGUGGCCUUGUACCUAGACUAAUAGGGGAAGUAAUAGCCAUCUGGGUUACAACAUUUCUAGCCAAACUUAUCAACAAAUAUUGUAUCACUGAAAAGGUUUGUUAAGCACUUUGUCUUUUGUCAAAAGAAAAAUAAUUACUAUUUCAUUAUUAGAAAUUAUUACUUUCCAUUCUGAAUGUAAACUUAAUUUAGGUUGUAUUGUUAGAGAAAGCUUAUUUGUGAUAAAUAAUGAUUAUUAUUCUACUUCCUAAUAUUUCAAUUCGAAAAGAUUAAGAAUUAACCUUAUACCUUUUAUAUAUUUUCCAUCUGUAACAUCUCAAAAGUAUAAAUAAUAUUUCAUAAUAUAAAGGCUUAUAUUUUUUUAAAGAAUUAUUAAUUUACUCCUUAUUUCCUCUAGGACCUUAAGUCAUACACAGGGGCAGCAUGUGGGGUGAGUAUUAAUUAGUCUUGUCCAUUCAUAUAACAGUUUUUUGUCCCUUUUACUUUACCAUGAAGCAUGGAGACUGUUGGUAAAAACACUAUUAUUUAAUUUUUUUUUUCCAAUCUUUAAUUUUCAUGUUACAUAUAUAUUAUAUAUAUAUGUAUAAAAGUGAAAGUUUGUGGCAGUGUUUGUGGGUCUGUUUGUUUCAAAAAGGCUUUUACAUGGAUUGAUGGAUCUUGACCAAACUUUGCACAUAUAUCCAUCAUUAUCCAGAUGGAACUCUUAAAGGGUUAUGAACUUUUUAUAACAUUCCGUUGGUGGCCCCAAAUUCGCUUUUUUCCUUAAAUGUGCUAUAUAAAUAUCAAUAGGCUUAGUACUCCUACAUGAAUAGAUGGAUCUUGACCAAACUUAGUACACAUAUACCUGAUUAUCCAUUUUCAAAUACCGAAGGAUACUGAACUCAUAAUAUCCAUUCUUCUGGGGCUGGGGAUUUUCCCUUAUUUAAGCUAUAUAAAUAUCAAUAGGCUUAGAGAGCACUGCAGUUUCUAUGUGAAUUGAUGGAUAUACGAUAAGGUUGGUAUAAAUACAGUUCAUCAUCCUUAUUGAAAUAUCGGUGGAUUUAAAACUAAGAAUAUCCAAUCUAGAAUUUUCUAGAAAGUUCGAUAACUUUGAAAAGCUAUAUCUAUUACUAUUACAUUAUUAAAUAGAUUUGAAUGGGACAAAUUUUAAAUUUUAACGUCCAAACUUAUUUGAAUGAUUUUUAUAGGGCCCCGAUCUCAGGCAAAACUAAUUCGGUAGAAUUGUGGAAUGGGCCCCCUGGGGCCUCUCUUUCAACUUAAUUGUACUAUAAUUAAAUUAAUGCAUUGAGUUGUAUAAUUUUUCGUAUUCGAAGAAUAAUUACUUAGAAAAAACAUUUUUACACGUUUCGAGGAUUUAACAUUUAAUCUAGAAUGUUCCAGAAAGUUCUAUAGCGAUAAUUUAAAAAAAGCUAUAUCUAUGGCAUUUUAAAACCGAUUUUAAUGGUACAAAUUUUAACUCUAUAAUUUAUCUGAAUGAUUUUUUAACGGGGCGUAAAAAUAGGAUUUAGGGUCCCAUUGAGAUGGGGGUCCUACCAGGUUCGGGGUCCUAAUGCAAUCCCGGGCCAUGCGUGGUAUAUUGGCUAGUUGUCUGUAAUUCAUGAGCUUUAAUAUUUAUAAUUUACUAUAUAACUUCAUGAUGUAUAAAAAUCAGUUUAUUUCAUAGCUGCAAAAAUGUAUUUUAAUUUUUUAAAGUAAAAAGGGUAACAUCAUCAGAAAUAACUCAUUAAACUAUGCUGUUGUACAACCUAUGGGACAAAGGUAUCUUUUCAAUCCUUCCCCAUUUCUAAUAGAAGCAUAAACUGAAGUUUUUAUGCUGUAUUCUAACAUUGGAAAAUAUUUUAUGGGAGCCUAGUUACCCUUCUUUCAAUCUUUCACACAAUAAAACUAAAUGAUAUGACUGAGGUCAUUAAACUUAAUGAGAAGAAAUUAUCCAAUCACUUUACUCACUUCAACAAAACUAAACUUAUUGGUGUGUUUAAAUGUAUAAACAGAGAAGUAUCUCUAUCUGGUGAUUUGGAAAGGACAUGUGUGAUACUAUUUGUUGAGGUUAAAUGUUUUGUUUACAUUUUACAAGUAUUUGUGGAAGUACGGUAUGAAUAUUUGCUAUUGUUUUCUGCAGCUGAUUGUGGCUCACUUUACCUACCCUUUCACUCUUGUGACCAAUGUGAUGGCCGUCAGUGGUAGUGGGUAAGUCAACAUAACUAGUUUAGAAAAGAUGCUAGUAAUUCUGUUGAAGAGACCUUUUAUAUUUUAAUAGUGAGCUUUUUAAUUAUUCACAUUAAAAAAAACAUGGUGAGAAAAAUUUGAAAUCACAUUAAAAUCUCAGAUUAACUCAAAAUGCAUACAAAUUAUAACAUCCAAAGUUUGAAAAUGCUUCACACAGAAUGGAAGUACUUUUGUUUAUCUUAUCAUGGGGAAGGUAAUACACAAUGAAAAUGGAAGUACUUGUAUUUGUAUUAUCAUGGGGGAAGAUAAAGAAGAUAAUACACAAUGAAAAUUCAAUAACAGAAAUGUAAGUUCAUGCAUUCUUUUUGUGGGCUUAAUUAUAUAUUUUUCCAGCCUUGCAUUUUGUGUCUUUAAUUUACUUGAGCACCUCUUAUGAUUACAGCCUUGCAGCUGGGCGUGAUCCUUUAAUGCCAGUGUACACAAACUGGUGGAGUUGCAUGAACUCUUUGUCAGCAGAUGGGGAGCUGAAGCGUGGUGCCAAUGCUUUCUGGCGUAUAUACAAACCUAAGCCAGCCAUUGUCCUCACUAAGGUUCGCGCAAAACCAACUGGAUACCAGAAAUCAUCACAUUCAUCCUAUAAGUAAAAGAACAAUGCAGUAUUAGUUUUAAGUUGGUCCAUGCAAUGCCGUAAAAUAACCAUGAUAUUUAUAAAUGACCAGAUUUUUAACAAUUCUGGCUCUUAAAAUUUGUGUUAAGAAUCAUUAAUUGAUUGAUAAUGAAAUUUAUUUAAAACUCAUCGCAUAAAAUAAUGACAGAAUAAUAGUGCUUCAUAAUGAAUUCUGUUAUAAAAUUAAUAAAUUACUGAUCUUUAAUCAUUUACAUUUGGUUUAUUUUUACUAUAAAAGAGCAACACAAAAAGUAGGCAAACUUUAUAAACAUUACAACAAUAUCAAGAAAAGUCCCUAAUGAAUUAUCUCUAUUUUUCUGAAAUUUUUAGCAAUAAAAUGUAAAACAUCAACAAAUUUAGGAAGUUGAAAAGAUGAACAUAUCAUCAUACCCUUUUGUUUUGUUUGUUUAUAAUGCAAGUAGUGGUGGAGAGUUUUAAUGAUAUAAAAAAAAUAUAUUUUCUAUCUGCUAAUUUUUUAUAAUUAUUUGCAAAAUAAUUAUUUCUUACGAACGCAAUUUUAAUUUUGUUUACCAUUAUAAUUAAGAGAUAUUCAAGUGCUAUAUUUUUGACAAAAAUAGACCCAUCAUAUUGCCCAGUACCAGUAUAAUAAUUAAUUUUGUACCUUAUUUUCUGUAUGAAGGAAAUGGUCUAUCUGGCUUAAAUUUUAUAAUCAACUUUUUUGUACAAUAUUCCAAUAGCUGUUUGAGUGGAAACUUAAAUUGCUUGUACCUAAAGUGACUUACAGUUUAAAUAUGGAUACAUGGGAAAACAAAUAAAUGGUCAUCCUUAGAAAAUGUGGCAACAAGUCUUCAUUUAGAGUUAUAAAUAUUUGGUGCAGUCUUUGUCUGUGAUAGAGACAGUUUGACAGAUUCUUUCCUUUCUGCUAUAGAUUUUAUUUAAUUUAUUUUUAUGUUACAUAAAAUAAAAGCAUAUUAUCAAACCUUGUA